AUAAAUAAAUUGAAUAUGUACUUUUCACUGCAUGGUGGAUCAUGUUUUUCGAUUGAUGCAAGGUUUCAUUGCGUUCAGAAAUCGUAACUACAUAGUAAAAAAUUAUGUAAUGUACAUAGUCUACCUUAUAUAUCUUUAAGAUUAUUCAGUCAACGAGCAGACCUGAGCAGAUUGAGAUAACUGUUGCAAUUAUGUCUGAAACUGUAGAACAGAUCUUAGAGCAAUAUAUACCAAAGAAGAAAUUGGCUGAUGUAAAACGUAUUUUAUAUGGAUGUACACCUAUACCAUUAGAUAUAGGAGUGGAACGUGAAAAUUUUGAAAUAAAAGGAUGGCAGAUAAUUAGUCCGAUCCAUGAACAGCUUCGUCCCGAACGUUUAGUUCGUGUUGGACUGAUACAACAUCAAAUAGCAGCAAAAACAACAGAAUCUAUUCAAGCUCAACGAGAUGUGAUUCAUGAGAAAAUUAAAUCAUACAUCGUACGUGCAGCUGAACAUGAAGUUAAUAUUUUAUGUCUUCAAGAAGCAUGGACUAUGCCAUUCGCUUUUUGCACAAGAGAAAAAUAUCCAUGGUGUGAAUUUGCGGAAGAUGUCCAGACUGGGCCUACGACCGUAUUUCUGUCUGAUUUGGCCAAACAGUUCAACAUGGUAAUACUAUCGCCGAUUUUAGAAAGAGAUUCUGCUAAUGGAGAUACGAUCUGGAACACAUGCGUGGUGAUUAACACAGAUGGUACAGUCCUUGGGAAACAUAGGAAAAAUCAUAUUCCCCGUGUGGGGGAUUUUAAUGAAUCUACUUAUUACAUGGAAGGCAAUACAGGACAUCCAGUAUUUGAUACUCCAUUUGCACGUAUUGCGAUUAACAUAUGUUAUGGACGUCAUCAUCCAUUGAAUUGGUUGAUGUUCGGUUUGAAUGGGGCAGAAAUCGUUUUUAAUCCAUCCGCAACUACUCAAGGAUUAUCAGAACAUUUAUGGCCAAUCGAAGCAAGAUGUGCUGCGAUAGCGAAUAAUUAUUACACUUGUGCUAUCAAUCGUGUAGGCACUGAGCAUUUUGCAAAUGAAUUCACCUCUGGUGAUGGACUUCCCGCGCAUAACAAUUUUGGAUUCUUUUACGGCUCCAGUUAUAUUACCGCUCCUGAUGGUUCGCGAACUCCGAGUUUGAGUCGACACAAAGAUGGAUUGCUCAUUGCAGAUCUAGAUCUCAACAUGUGUCGACAAAUGAAGGAUAUAUGGGGAUUUAGAAUGACGCAGAGACUCGACAUGUAUGCUAAAGAACUUGCUGAAUAUGUUUCAAAGCAGAAUGGUAAACAAGAUUAGAAAACAAUUACGCUGGUACAAAUUUGUAUAAUUUUAUAAUCAAAUGCAUUUAAGCAUCAUAUAUAUUACUAUAAAAUAUAUGAUAAAAUUUAAUAUUUUUAAAAAAGUAAUUUAAUUCAGUAGCAUAUUUUGCAUUCAGAGCAACCAACUAAAUUUUUAAACAUUUACUGAUGUAUACAUACCAAGUUUUUUAGAGUUUACAAGUUUAUAUUUUUCUAUAACUUAAAUAUAAUUUA